AUGGGCGUACUUAGCUCGAUUAAAAGUAUGAUAAAGGACACCUUUGAGUGUCUCCGGAGAAAUCAAAUGGAUUUCCACGGGCAAAAGUUGGCAUUUUUAAUUAAAAAUAUAAUUUUCACCAUUAGUACAAUUGUCUCAAUUGUAGUUGGUUAUUACAAGCAAGACUUGGCUUUGAGUGCGUAUAUCAUUUUAGCUGGAUCUGCAUUAACAGUACUUUUAAUCAUGCCCACUUGGCCCAUGUACAACAAGAACAAUAUUCAGUGGGAACGUGCUGGCAAUUCCCUCCACGAUAAAAAGAAAAGAUAA